AUGGAUUCUUUAUCUUUAUUUAAGAAGAAGCAAUAAAAAGAAAUAUAAUAGGCUCUUUUAUAUGAAAGAUAAAUUCGUUAAAAAGAACUUUAAAAAAGUUAACUAGUGUUAAAAUCCUGUGAAAGGAUGUCAUUAAUUACUGAUAGAAAAUUACAAAAAUUGAAAUAAAGUUAAUUAUCUGCAGUUAAACAUUAAUAAAAUGAACAUAGAUUUAAAUCAUUAGAGAGUGAUACAAUUCAUACUAGGUAAUAGAGUUUUUAACAUUUUCAGACCUAAAAUAGAGUUGGAAUAAGAUGCUUAUGAUAGAUGGAUUUCUUAUUAAAAAAAGUAAUUAAGAAGAAUAGAAACAGAAAAGUUGAAAAAAUAUGAAUAAAAGAUUGAUAGAGCAGAGAGAAUCAAGAAUAUGAGAGAAUAAGAACAUAAAGAUAAAUAAAAAUUACGUAUAGAAACAAUCAUCUAAAAAGAAAAAAUUCAUGAUGAAUACACAUUUAGACUUCAUGUAAAUAUUCAAAUAUAGCAUUUUAAUUUAGAAAUUGUAGAAAAAAGAAUACGCAAAGUAAAUUAAAUUUGUAUGACC